AUGGUUUGCGUUAAAAAAGAGUAUUCUGGGACUUGCUCUGUUGAAUGCAAUACUGGGGAAUCUAGUGUGGGUGAAUGCUCAAUUACUUGUAGUCAUUUGCCAGAGAAUGCCUGCAAGAGUGAGCCCAACGAAUCAAGAAUUGAGGCUCUUAGGUCUUCAAUUCUUCAAAGGGCAGCAACAGAAAACACGCCGUAUUUAAUCAUCUUCCAGGAAGAAAUCAACAAAGCACCAGUCGAAAUCAGGAAUGCAUUGAAUUUCAAGCGAAUGGAGUGGUCGAUGCAAAGAUUCCAUACUAGAUCAAAUCCCGGGAGCGUUGAGGAUUUCAAGCAAUUUGAAAUUGAAAUAAAGAAAUGUUGGAGCUACUGUCGCUAUAGUAGCUACUGCUGCUGUUGUAGCUACUGCUACUGAGGCGGACCCAUAUUCUAAUUAUAGAUGGGAGCCAACCCAAUUGAUAACAGAACGUUUAUGCCAUUGGAACUGAUUGGAACUGGUUCGACAGAAAGUUGAACUAGAAAGGUCGGUUGGU